ACAAAAAAAUGACAGGAAGCGAAUAGUGUUCCAAAUUGGCGGAAGAAAAAUUUGUUCUGUAAAUGUUUAUCUUGUAGUGGUAUACAAUAUAUUUUUAUCAGUUUGAUUUGUUGUGUAUCACAUACACUUAUUGGUGGUACAUAUAUUGUUUGUAACUUCGUAAAUGCUUUGAACUACAAAGACAUUUUACUCGGUACAUGUCGAUGGGCCUUAUUGAUGAUGAACUUCAAGAAGUCAAUAAACUCUGUCAACAUGUCAUUACAGGCAGCAAACUUGUCUCUUGUGUCCAAACUAUGGUCCGAGUUGAAAUAAGGCGUACAGCAUUUAAGCAUAUUGUAGCUUGCAUUCAGUUUCCUAGUGAUUAUCCUCGUUCGCCUCUUCUUAUUGAACUGAAGAGUAAAACUUUAUCGGAUAAGCUGCUUGAUGGCUUGACUAAUGUUUGUGAGCAAGAAGCUAAGAAGAUUCUAGGUAAACCACAGGAAGAGCUCCUAUUGAUGUUGGAAGAUGUUCCUAUACUAACCACGCAAGAGAUGUGGCUGCAACAAGUUGGUGCACCUCGUCAAUUUGAUAUGCAGGUGACUGCAUCUCUGAAUAAACAGUUUCCAGACCAUUAGAUUGGCCGAGGUGGUCCAGUUGCUUGGCCAGCGAGAUUACCAGAUCUUUCACCUUUGAACUACUUUCUCUGGGGUCACAUGUAAUCCCUGGUGUUCGCCGUCAAGUCAAACAGUAGGGCUGAGCUGCUGAAUCGAAUAAUGGACUCCGGUGCUAACAUCAAAAAUUAUCACGACUCUCUAAGAGGGAUGUCACUUCAAUUACACGAAGGGCUCGACCAUGCAUCGACAAUCAGGGUGGCCAUUUCGAGUCACGUAAAUAACGCGAGUAAUUGAAAAUGCAAUUUUGAGUGUAGGCUAAACUUA